CAAUAUUUUUAAAGGAAGACAAACAUGGAGUUUAAUUGUGUUGGUUACAUAGUAAACACGAAAGUGCUUAAUUUGGGGGGAAGUGGAGAGAAUUAAAGCCUAAACUCGCGCUAAAAGAAGAGAAUAAGUCUCUGUUUAUAUGACUACGCAUACAAGGGACCUGUAUAGCUUUGAAAGAUGCCAACGGUAAUCCUCCUAGAUGUGUCACUGUCUAUGAGUCGAGGCGUUGAUGUGGGAAGCCCCUGCCAGGAUGAAGAAGAGGCCGAGAGGUUAGAAUUGAGGAAGGAUCUUGCAGCCCAUGGAUGCCACAUUCUGCUCGAUCACUUUGUCCAGCAUUGUAAAUUAGAAUUUGCUUGCUUGAUUUCCUUUUCAUCUGUGUACAAAAUUCUUAUGCCCUUUACAAGGGAUUUUGAAUCCAUAAAAAAUGCCCUGAAUCUGGUAGAAGAAGGAGAUAAAACGAGUAUUGAUGUUGGGCUGGUUGGCGCGGCUCAGCAUAUUCUGGAGGAGUGGGGGAAUGGAACUCCUUGUCAGAUUGUUUUGGUGACCGAUGGUAAUGCAGGGAUAGGACAGCAUGCCAUGCAGAAAUCUCUGAUGUCUCCUCAUUCCCGAGGAGCAGCUCAGUUCCCUUUGCCCUUCCCAUUUCCUGCAAAACUCAACAUUGUUUGCAUUGCCAACCCAAGUGAACCAAGCUUCCAGACUUCAAAACCUUUAUAUCAGCGACUGAUAGAGCUAAAUGGAGAGGGCGAUAUACUCAUCCCAGAAGGAGGAUUAAGCAAGAAGUCCAUUUCAGAAAUGUUUGACCAGUUGAUUAAGAACAACUUCUCCUCCUAUUCUGGAACUCUUCACUGUGGGAACUUGUCUGCUCCCAUUACCCUGUCACCUCCACCUCAGCCCUACUGCCGUCACCAUGAUUUUGAAGUGAUACGUGUGAGCGUAGAUUCUGCCAUCCAGGUGCUGGGAUUUCUUAACACUGGAGAUGUUUCUUCACCCCCUGCCUUCUCCAGACAUCUUGUGCUUCCUCUUUCCACCAAAGGUGACAUGGUGAUGCUACCCAAGGCUGAUGGCGGGAGUGAUGAUGAAAGCAGUGGGAAUGAUGAGGGGAAGGUACCCUCUUUCUGUGUCUUGCUUCAUGGUGGGCUAAAGAGAGAGAAUAUGGUUGCUUUGUGUCAAGUGGGUGAGAACUGGUACGGAAUUUUAUAUUCGUGGGCGGACAACAAAAAGAAGUCGAAUCUCAUGCUGUCAAUUUUUGUACCAGGCCACGACGUUAUUCCGUGGAUGGGGAAAUUGUCUAAUCUAGGACCUGCUUCGCUCUUGCCUACGAAUCCAUAUGGAGCAAAUGACUCUACGCCCUUUCCAAUAAAGGUCCAUGAUAAGAAGAGUUAUGCCCUUAAUUGUGUGGUGUGGGUUCGGCAAGGUGGCUUACAGUCAGAUAUACAAAAAAUCCUGCGGCAUGCAAGAAAACUGCCAGACAAGACACAAAGCUUUUACAAGGAACUGAACCGCGUGCGCAGAGCUGCCCUCUCCUAUGGAUUUGGUGAGCUCCUAGAAGGGUUGGCAAGUGUCCUAGAGCGAGAGUGUACAUUGCUGCCUUCUACUGCCAGUCCUGUGGCAGCCAUCCAACUUCAACACGCCUAUAAAGCACUAAGAAAUCACAACAAAAAAGAUUUCAGGCAGAACAUAACACCAUUGAAGACUACCUAUUCAGGAAAUGAUUGAUCAGAAAUAUACUGAAUUGUUAUUUAGAUAGGACUCAUCAUUGAUUGCAAUGGCAAGCAUCAUUUGUAUCAUGAAAUUCUCAAUCUGAAAUAUUCAGACUGUGCAUUAGUAACUGAAGAACCUUUUAGGUCCAUAUAAACAUCUCAUUAUUUAAUGUGCAAUUUAGAUCUGUAAACAAUGUUAUGAAACUGAAAGUUAAUUAUUAAGAAUUAAUGAUGAUGUGUAUAAUUUUCUUAUCCUUAAAACAGUAAGAUGUAUUAAAAAGAUAUGAGGAAAGUUAAAUAUCAAAAUUAAAAUCUAGAGUGCCAUUCUCUGAUUUCACACGUCUGCCUGCUUUUGGAAGGGUUUUAUUCCAUAUGAAGUUGAGGCUGUGUAAUAUUUCAUCCAAGAUUUUCUUUUUUCAUAUCUAAUAGAUCAAAGUGUUAAGUUUCCAUGGAUUGAUGGUACUUUUUCAAAAUACAGACACAUGAAUAAAAUAUGAGUAGAAGACUGGGGGGGAUUUAUAAGUACACUUUAUAUAUAUGAAAUGGUACCUCAGUAACUAAUGUGUUAAUGUAAAAGUGCAUGUAAUGUAAUACUAACAUACUGUGCAGUCGUACACUAUGGUGUACAUUAUAGUAAUUGUGCUUCCUGGUAGAGUGACAUGCUGUAAGAUUGAGUUUCCUACAUUUUCACUUUCUCCUCUUUUUUUUAAUAGUAAAUCAGCACUUCAUUAUUCUUAGAAGUGUUUGAGGAAACAGAUAAGGUCAAAUGUAAAAAAAAAAAAAAUGUUGAGGUACCUGUAACACGACUGAACCAAAUUUCAAGCACCGAUUAAGGUUUUAUGAAUGGUAUUGCUAAAAAGAAGAAAAGAAAUUGACCUACUCAUUCUAUUUACUUGUAGAGUGUUACUAGAAUGUCGACUUAUUUUUCAUUUUAUGUGAAAGUUUGAGUAUGAUCUCUUACUGAUUUAUGUUCAAAAGGAUUAGGGCAGGUGUUCAAUUGAUUAUACCCAAUGCUCACUCUGUAUGAUGAAGGUCCAACUAGAUUACAAAAUUACCAAAAUAUUUGUUAAUGUACUUUAUAUUGCAGUAUUUGUAUAAAUAUAAUUAAUAAUCUUUUUUC